AUGAAUAUGGGACAAACUUUUGUGAUGUUUUUUCUUGUAGUAGUACUAGCAACGUCGUCGUUGUCCAACUCCAACGUUUUAGCGUCACGAGGCGUCGAGGCAACGCCAUCUCAGGUUCACAUUUGCUAUAAACCUUGUAACAAAACUUACGGAGUUGAUCAAUGCUACGAUGACUGUCUAAGCAAAGAGUAUGAUGAUGGAAAUUGUGAGUAUAAUGGACUUUGUUGCUGCACAUAA